UGAUCAUCGAAUUGCGACUUGCUUGCCCCCGCCCACGUCGCGGAGAUGAUCGAUGACGUCGCCGGACAUGUGCUUGAAGCUCUUCCUGCUCCUUCUCGCCGGAAAGUAGCGAACAGCAAGCAUGUCAUCGAUCACGAAGAACCCCAUCACCUGGAAGGGAUACGGCAUUGCCUCCACCAAGGACUACAAGAACUUCUCUGUCCGCGACUUUGAACCCAAGAAGGCGGACGACUAUGACAUCGACAUUGCCAUCUCUCACUGUGGCGUAUGUGCUUCCGACCACCACACGAUCAGUGGAGGCUGGGGCCCUGUAGCCGACGAGCACCUCAUCGCAGGACACGAAGUCGUCGGCAAGGUCGUCAAAGUUGGCAGCAAGGUCUCGAGCAUCAAAGAAGGCGAUCGUGUCGCUGUAGGUGCUCAAGUGUGCUCCUGCUUCGAGUGCAACAACUGCAAGAACGAUAACGAGAACUACUGUCCCAAUGGCGUUGAUACCUACAACGCAAAGUAUCCCAACGGCGAUCUCGCGCACGGUGGCUACUCGGCCGGCAUCCGAGUUCACGAACGCUUCGUCUUCCCUCUGCCGGAAGCACUGAAAUCAGAGGAUGCCGCACCCAUGGCUUGCGCUGGCUUGACGGUCUACUCGCCCAUCGUGCGCAACGGUACAGGCCCCGGCAAGCGAGUCGCAGUACUCGGUCUGGGAGGUCUCGGUCAUUUUGCAGUCCAGUGGAUCAAAGCGCUCGGCGCAGAAGCCGUCGUCUUCUCGCACUCGCCCUCCAAGAAAGAAGAUGCGCUCAAGCUUGGUGCGACGGACUUUGUGGAUACCUCGAAGAAGGACUUCGAGAAGCCUUGGGCGGGCAAGAUCGACCUGAUCAUCUCGACUGCUUCUUCCACAAAGGGGCUCGAUCUCAAUCCCUACAUCUCCACCCUCGUCCCGCAGGGCAAGCUCGUCUAUGUCGGCAUGCCCGAGGAAAGCCUGGGAGAGAUCAAAUCGCAGCAACUCGCGGGUAAUGGCGCCUUCAUCGGCUCCUCUCACAUUGGCUCGAAGAAGGAGGCACUUGCGAUGUACAAGCUCGCGGCCGACAAGGGCGUCAAGCCUAUGCUCUUGGUGCUUCCCAUGAAAGAAGCCGGCAAGGCCAUCCAGCUCAUUGAGGACAACAAGCAGCGAUACCGCACUGUUCUUGUCCAAGAUAUCGUCGACUAUUGAACAG